CAAGGUCUGGCCUGAGGCUAGAUGUUCCCUCCUCGGAAGGCUGCAUUUGGCAGCAGGAGGUGUCUGGGAUCAGUAGAGGCGAUUCGGGAUUAUGAUUGGGGUCGGAGAACAGAUGUACAGACUGUAGCCAGAGAACGAGCCAGGAGGCGCUCCACCUCGAGCAUGGGCAAGGUUCCCGGCCCGGGCAGCAGGCAAUGAUUCAGAAUGCAAUCAAUGGCCACAACGUGCACAGAGGACAGGAUCCAGCAUGCUUUAGAACGGUGUUUGCAUGGGCUCAAUGUCAGCCGGGGUACCACUACCUGGACAGCUGGGCUGUGUUUAAACUGUUGGAGCCUGCAAGAGCUAGUCAGUAGGGAUCCAGACAACUUUCUUAUCCUUCUGGAGCAGAUCCUGCAGAAAACCACGGAGGUCCAAGAGAAAUGCAGCUAUGAUCUUCUGGCUCCUCUGGCUCUGCUUUUCUACUCUACUGUCCUUUGUACUCCACAUUUCCCACCAGAUUCUGACCUCCUUCUGAAGGCAGCUAGAACCUACCACAGAUUCCUGACUUGGCCGGUUCCUUACUGUAGUAUUUGUCAGGAGCUUCUCACAUUUAUUGAUGCAGAACUCAAGGUGCCAGGCAUCAACUACCAGCGAUUAGUGAGGUCAGAACAGGGGCUUUCCAUCAGAAGCCAUCGAAAUUCCACUGUCACUGUACUACUUUUGAAUCCCCUGGAGGUACAGACUGAAUUCUUAUCUGUGGCCAAUAAGAUGAGUUUCCCAGAACCAUCUCCUCACAAUGCCUAUGUCACAUUGUUGCAACAUGCUUACCAGGCCACUUUUGGGGUAUGCUGUGACCUGGCUCGCUUACACCACAUGCUUCAGUCCAAGACUCUAUCUGAACUGGAAGCCAUCUUUGAGGAGACUACAGAAGCUCAGGAACUAGCAUCUGCCAUCAAAGAUCCGAAGGAGGCCCGGCAGUGGCUGAAAGCCAAGCUGAAGGCUAUCGGAGAGAGAGCUGGCUUCCCCCAUAUCUCAGAAACACCUCAACCAUGUAAGCUGUAUACCAUCCCCAUUCCAGUAGCCAGGUGCUACACAUGUAGUUGGAAUCAGGACAGCUUUGACAUCCUAAAGGAGAUCCUGCUUAAGGAAAGAGAGUUGUUCCAGCCAGGGACCCGUGAGGAUGAAGAAGAGGAGGAAGACUUUGAGGCCGAGGGAUCCUUUGCUAAGCGGGAUUCUCUACUCUCUACCACUUCUAUGGCAUUCAGACACUUAACCAGAUCAACAGGCUCACUUCAAGCCUCUAUCCCUGGCUUCUCAAACCACUUGUUAAGCUCUUUUGUCUCAGGCCUCUCAGACUGCAUGGACAGUGGCUACAUGGAAGACAGUGAUGAAAGUUCCCCUGAUCGGCCACGAAAAGAAGGCCAAGAGGAACAAGAACUCCAAAGACCUAGGAGAAAGUUUAAUAGAUUCUAUAAACUCUUAAAGAGCAAGAGCCAUAUGGUGCUUCGGAGAGACUCCCAGAGCCCAGUGAAAGGGACUGGUUCAGCCACACUUUCUCUUCGACGGACAGGGAGUCUGUGCAAUCCCUUGAACAUGCCUUCUCUACCUUCUUCCUGUGCCCAACGUUCUCAUUCCCUUCCCCAGCACAUGCUGGAGAGCCAGCUUUCAAACUGGCUCCAUCCUACUACUACCCAUCAUCAACAUCGGAGGCCUUUCCUUAGUGGUGAUGAGGAUUCCAAGGCCUCCACACUACGUGUUGUGGUCUUUGGCUCAGACCGAAUCUCAGGAAAGGUUGCCCGUGCCUACAGCAAUCUCCGGAAAUUGGAGAGCAGUUGCCCACUCUUGACACGGUACUUCAAGCUCCAGUUCUUCUAUAUCCCAGUAAAACGAAGUUAUCAGCCUAUAACUAGUACCUCUCCUGAUCAUCCAAACCAGUCACACCUCACGUCCACAGAUUCCCUAAGGCAACUUACUCCAAUGGACAUUUCCCUGUCCUUGGAGGACAGCACCAAUGACAUUUCCUAUUACCUUGGAAUGCUGGAUCCCUGGUAUGAACGCAAUGUGCUGGGUUUGAUGCACCUGCCCACUGAUGUCUUGUGCCAGCAGACUUUGAAGCCGGAGGCUGGGACACUGGAGAGUGCUCAGGAGCAGUUGCCCAUCCUGGCAGAUAUGCUGCUUUAUUACUGCCGUUUUGCCACAAGACCAAUCCUGCUGCAAGUCUAUCAGACAGAGUUGACCUUCAUCAGUGGGGAGAAAACAACAGAAAUUUUUAUCCACUCUCUGGAGCUGGGUCACUCUGCAGCUGUCCGUGCUAUCAAGGCUUCUGGUCCUGGCAGUAAACGGCUGGGCAUUGAUGGAGACCGAGAAGCCAUCCCACUUACACUACAGAUUAUCUACAGCAAGGGGGCCAUUAGUGGGCGGAGCCGAUGGAACAAUAUGGAGAAAGUGUGUACCUCUGUCAACCUUAACAAGGCUUGUAGGAAGUUGGAGGAGCUAAAUUCUAACAUGGAAUCUCUGACCUUGACCCUGACUGAGGUGGUGAAGAGACAAAACUCUAAGUCCAAGAAGAGCUAUAACCAGAUCAGCACAUCACAGAUUAAAGUGGACAAGGUACAAAUCAUUGGCUCCAACAGCUACUCCUUUGCUGUUUGUCUGGAUCAGGAUGAGCGAAAAAUCCUACAGAGUGUAAUCAGGUGUGAAGUUUCUCCCUGCUACAAAUCUGAAAACAGCAGCCUUUGGCCACAAUCCCAGAGACUUUCCUUCCUGCCACCUCAAAACUCACCGGAGCUCUGCUCCUUCCUCUGUUUGCCCAUCAUGACCUUCAGUGGAGCUCUGCCAUAACACAGCAUCUUCAUUUGGAUUUGGUACUUCUCAAGGAAACAUGGACUCUCACCUGCCAAACCAGAGUCCUCUCAGUCCAGAAAACCAGGGCUGGCAAUUGUGGCUCCUCCUUGAAAAGGGUGGAAUUCACUAUAAGUUAGCCAUUUUUUACAUGGGAUCCUGAUGAUGUUUUAUUUUUGUUUUUGUUUUUUCCCCAGCAGGAAAAAGAACAGAAACCUUUAUCUCAGUAGGGAGAGAUUGCCUUCUUCUCAUAUAAGUAUGCUUUAUAUGGGAGGGGGAAAACAGGGUAGUAAGGGAGACAUGAAUUAAGUCCAUCUUCCCUUCUGACUUCUUAAGGAAGUGAGUAAGGUAAGUCAAUUAGCCUCUCUCUGGCUUUAGUUUCUUUAUCUAUAAAAUGGAAAAUAUCUUGCUCCUUCCUAAAUUUAGACAUCUGGAACAUAAUCUAGCUCUAAAAUCUAUGAUUUUUAUCUCAGAACCUAGAUGUUCAGUUACGUGGCUUGGCUUUGAAUGCUAGUCCUCUUUUCUUUCAUUUCAGAUCCUGAGUUGAAAGGCUGGCAGGAAAAUGGAGAACAAAUAGGGAGGAAAUUCUGUCCCAGAAGGCUAUUCAAACCCAACCUCUGCCUUUUUUAGCACUCUCUCCUUGGAGGAGAUGCAUGUUCUAACAAGAGCCUAGCAUUAUUUUAAAGGUUGGAGAAGACAUGAGAUGUGUAAGAAGUUUACAUUGUAGUUGGAGAGAUAAAAUAAUACAUGAGACAUACUUUAUGUACAACAGUAGAUUAAUAAUAUACUAAUAAUUAAGAAUAUAAUGAAGAAUUAAUGGUACCUCAGUUUAACUCUAAACAACUCAUAAUAGCAGGGAGUUUGGUCUAAAGCAACUCCAUCUUGACCUGAUCCAAGAGGAUUUAUUAGAAAACACCAAAAAAAGAUUUUGUUAUACUAAAGCUUCAUCUAUAUCAAGGUCCUGUACUACAUUCCGGAAUUUUGUAUUUAGGUUCUAUUGUACUGUAUCACUCUUUGUGUACAAAAGAGGUCUACAUAAUAUACAUUAUGUUCCUUCCCUAUAGACCUUCCUAGUAUAAAGUGGAUUCCAAACCAAGAUGAUUAGACAGCAGAAAAGAAGUAUUUGAAGGACUAUCAUGUGAAAAAGAGUUGGAGCAGUUAGGUUUUUUUGUUUGACCAGGGAAAGCAGAACUAAGAGCAAUGGGUAGGAGUUCUUGAGAGGUCAAUUUUAGCAUGAUCUGAGAAAAUGUGUCCUAAUAGAAUUUUACAUACCAUAGGUACUUAAUAAUGUUUAUUUUAUUUCUCUGCACAAAUAGUAGAAAUAUAACAUAGUGGAUAGAGUCUGGGAGACUUAUAUUCAAGUCCUACCUUUCGUAUAUGUUGCUAUGUGAUCCCUUAGCAAGUCAUUUAGCCUCUUGGUGCUCCCAGGCAAUCUCUAGAAUUCUAGAAGUCGUAGAACUGUUGUCAGUCUUCAAGUAUUGAGGAAAUUUCCACAAGAGGAGAUGCGUAUACCAAAGAGAUCACAGGUCCACUUGAAAAACAAAACAAACAAACAAACAAAAAAACAACUAUGCAGAAGUGAAGUAGACUCCCUGGGACGGUAGGGACUUAGAUAUCUCUGGUGGAUUUCAUUCUAAAUUCUAUUUAACCAUUUGUCAGAGAUGAUGUUGAAUAGGUCCUUUCCUAUGUAUAAGUUGGAUUAGAUGACAUUUGACUUCCUUUUCACUUUGGUGAUUCUGAUUAAAUUCUAUCCUUUAAUUGAGGAGAUAAAUCUUGAAAGUAGAGAGUAGAGUUUCUGUAGGCAGAAAAAAGAGAAGGGAAGGCAAAAAUAGGAAGGAAUAAUGUGAAUAAUAAUAGCAAGGUACAGAAUUUCUUCUCUAAUUUUGAGUAAUUUUUUUUUGUCUGUUUAAUUCAACCACUCUUUAUUAAAGUGUAUGCAAGAAACUA